AUGCAAGACAAUUUCGAAAAUGACAUCACUGAUGAGGCCGGGCGCGUGAAGCCGCAGUGGUUCUGGUACCUCAUCGAAGAGCAUUUCAGAGAAAACGGUCUUGUCAAGCAACAACUUUCCUCAUUCAACAACUUUGUUAAGCGAGUCCAGGACAUAGUCAAAACAGACACCUUCAAGUUCGAAGUGAACAACUCCGACACCCUCCGUGUCAACCCCGCAGACGAAGAGUCACACACCCUUGAGUUUGACGAAACAAAGUACAGGUAUCCACAAAUUAAAACUUCUCCAAAUUCAAACGUCAAAGAAAAGAUCUUCCCACACGAGGCAAGAAUCAGAGGAUUGACCUACGCCAGUGAACUUAAAAUUAAUGUCAAGGAUACCAUCUACAGAGGAGGAAAACUCGUGGAUGAAAAGACGUCCGAUUUCUUUGAUCUUGCGAGCAUCCCGGCUAUGCUUAAGUCGAAGAUUUGCCGUCUUGUGAGUAUUGUUAAACUGAAUGAUAUCAUUCAAUCUGAUGAGUGCCAAUUUGAACAGGGUGGUUACUUUGUGGUGAAGGGGAGUGAAAAGGUCGUUAUUGCUCAAGAGAAGAUGUCUCCAAACACUGUGCUUGUUUUUGAAGGAAGUGAUAUGGCGAAGUACCCAUUUGAAGGAAAUAUCAAUUCUUUGGCCAUGAACGAUGAAGUUAGAAGUCACAAAAUCAGAAUGGACUUUCCCAAAAAUCAGGAGAUGAACAAGGAUUUGAAAGUGAAAGUUCCAAUGCUUACGAUGUCAAGAAUGAUGUGUGAUGUCCCUCUUGUGUUGCUCUUUGUCGCACUUGGUUAUGAAACAGAUGAAAAGAUUGUCGACGCUAUUUGUUUUGACGAAAAAGAUAACGAGAUGUACAACAUUGUCACGACAGCCAUCCAGGCCAACGAAUACACAACUGUUGAAAAGGCGAGAGAGUGGAUAGGUAGAAACUCGAAAAGGUCGAACAAAGAAGGCGAUGAGAUAGUCACUGAAAACAUUGAGAAGAUGAGAAGAGACGGAACCUCAAAAUUGAAAACUGACCUUCUGCCACAUAUUGGAGUUGACAACUUCGAAUCAAAAGCGUACUUCUUGGGAUACAUGACGAAUCACUUUUUGAGUGUGUACACUGGAAAAAGAAAUGGCGAUGAUAGAGAUCAUUUGGCAAGAAAGAGAAUGCUUAUGACUGGCGGCUUGAUGAUGGAGCUUUUCAAAAACGCACUGAAGAAGCUCACCAAGUACGCAAGAAACAAAAUCCAGGACAUUGUUUCCCACAAGAAAUCCGACAACAUUGACUAUGGUAAAGUGUACAAUUCAAAGAUCAUAACUGACGACUGCAAAAAAGCUCUUUCAACGGGAAAUUGGCCACAACCAGGAGGAAAAGAGGCACGACAUGGUGUUGCACAGGUUCUCAACAGAAUCACAUUCACGUCUGCGUUGGCUUAUUUGAGAAAGAUUUCGUCACCAGUUGAAGGUAAACGAAAGACCCAGAAACCAAGACAGUUGCACAAUACCCAAUGGGGGUACAUUUGCCCAGCAGAAACACCAGAAGGAGAGCAAUGUGGGUUGGUCAAAAUGCUCAGUUUGAUGGCGCAAAUUACUGUCGCGCUUCCAUUGCAAAACGUCCAAGAAAUUAAAGACCAACUCAAUUCACAGUAUUGCAAGGAUAUCAGUGAAUGCCUUGGGCAUAACAUGAACACCACAACGAAGGUCUUCUUGAAUGGAUCGUGGUUGAAAUGCACUGAUGAACCACAAAAAUUGCUUGACGACCUGAAACAAUACCGAAAGAACAGUGAAAAGGGUAAAGUCAAGAAAGUGAUGUCCAUGGUGCUGGACCAGUUGCACAGAGAGUUGCGUAUUUACACCGACGCGGGAAGGUGUACAAGACCACUUUUCACCGUGAGUAACAAUAACGGAGAACUGGGGAUUAAUCUGCAGAAAGAACAAAUCAAACAGCUUUGUAUUGAGAUGGGUCGUAACGACGAAAACGGACAGAAAAAGAAGCUUUGGGCCAACUUUCUUACCAAGGGUAUCAUCGAGUAUGUCGACGCCGAUGAAGAAGAGAUGUCCAUGAUUGCGAUGUUCCCAAGCGAUUUGUUGAACAGAGGCUCUGGUCCUGCUGUCAAUUACACGCAUUGUGAGAUCAACCCAGCAUUGAUCAUGGGUAUCCUUGGAAGUAUUAUCCCAUUCCCUGACCAUAAUCAGUCUCCAAGAAAUACAUACCAAUGCGCUAUGGGUAAGCAAGCGAUUGGAGUGUAUGCUUCCAACUACCAGUUGCGAAUGGACUCUUUGGGACACGUCUUGUUCUACCCACAAAAGCCCCUUGUGUCGACAAAGGGUGCCGAUUAUGCGAAGUUUGGAGAAAUUCCGGCGGGUAUUAAUGCGGUUGUUGCUGUCUGCGUCUAUUCUGGAUAUAACCAGGAAGACUCUGUCAUGAUGAACCAAGGCAGUAUUGACAGAGGACUCUUUAGAUCCAUGUGCUUCAAAACGUUCUUAAAGGAUUACAAAAAGGGAGAGGAGACCGACCUUAUGUUCUUUAGACCGUGUGAGGGAACGGAUCUGAAGGACGUUUCUAAAUACCAACACUUGGAUGUCGAUGGUGUGGCUCCUCCUGGCACAAAGGUCAGAGCAGACGAUGUCAUAAUCGGUGCUUUUUACAAAGGAAAGUCGGGUGAGUUGAAGGAUUGUUCAAUGCGAUACAAACCAAGAGAAAACGGUGUUGUCGACCAAGUCGUUGUGGCGACGACAGAGAACAGAGCGAAGAUGAUCAAGAUCAAAAUGAGGAGUAUCCGUAUUCCACAAAUAGGAGACAAGUUCAGUUCAAGACACGGACAGAAAGGUACUGUGGGUAUGACUUACAGACAAGAGGAUAUGCCUUUUAACAUUGAGGGUAUUAAUCCCGACAUUAUCAUGAAUCCUCAUGCUAUUCCAUCUCGUAUGACUGUUGGGCAACUUGUCGAGUGUUUACUUGGUAAGGUCGGAGCACUGGUUGGUGAUGUGCAGAACGGCACGCCGUUCCAACCUGGUUUGACUGUCGACGUGAUAAGCGACAGGUUACAUAAAUUGAAGUACCAGAGAUGGGGAUAUGAGGCGUUGUUCUCUGGGCACACCGGAAGAAAGUUGGACACUUUGGUAUACAUGGGCCCAACAUACUACCAGAGAUUGAAACAUUUGGUUGAUGACAAGGUUCACGGCAGAGCGACUGGCCCUUACGCGACGUUGACAAGACAGCCACUUGAAGGAAGAUCAAGAGACGGUGGGUUAAGACUUGGGGAGAUGGAGAGAGACUGUAUGAUUUCACAUGGUAUGAGUGCGUUGUUGAGAGAAAGACUGUUUUUGGCCUCAGAUAGGUACCAGGUGUAUGUCUGCGAUAAGUGCCACAUGCCCGCUGUUGCAAAUCAGCGCUCUUCAACAUUUGAGUGUUCGUGUUGUAAAGACCGAACGCACAUAUCGAAAGUGGAGAUUCCAUAUGCCGCGAAGCUCUUAUUCCAGGAACUCAUGUCAAUGGCGAUAUGUCCAAGAAUCUACGCCGAGAUGUGA